AUGGAUCAGUUCACUGCCAUGGGGGACAUCCCACCGACAGAUGAUUGGUUUGAUCAUUGUGUUGACGAAUCCAAGGAACUGGAUACCGUCGAUGAGGAUGGCGACAAUUGUGAGGACAACACGGCUUCUGGGUUCGGCGAGGACAUUGACGCCAAACUAGGUGCAUAUGCAAAAUUACGAUCUGCCUCCAAGCCUCAUUCGACACCACAAACUCUCAAAUGGUUGGAGGAUAACUACGAGAUAGCCAUCGGCGUGUGUAUUCCUCGUAGUACUCUCUACUACCACUAUCUCGACUACUGUGAGAAAAGGGACACCCAGCCUGUCAAUGCGGCCAGUUUUGGGAAGAUCAUACGACAACAGUUUCCACAGAUUACAACGAGGAGACUGGGAACAAGGGGACAGUCUAAGUAUCACUAUUAUGGAAUCGGUGUACGGGAAAGUUCAAUCUACUACGAGCUCAUGUACUCAGCCAAAGGCAUCCAGAGGUCUGUGUUUACGUUUAUGAUGAUGUACAGAACUCACUGUCAGAGAAUUCUGGACACGGUCAUCAGAGCAAACUUUGACGAGGUGCAGAGUUUCUUGUUACACUUCUGGCAGGGUAUGCCCGCACACAUUGUCCCUAUAUUAGACUACAGAACUAUCGUCCUCCUUGUCGGCGUGUGUGAUUCUAUCCUCUACAAAGCCAUCGCUAACGUGCUGAUGCCAACUGUGUUACAGGCUCUACCAGAAAGUUUGACGCAAGUGAUUAGACGAUUCGCCAAACAGUUGGAUGAAUGGCUACAAACGGCGCUAGACUCCUUACCACACGGUGUUCAAAAAAUCAAAUUCGAUUUAGCGAGGCGGUUUGCACAAGUGUUGCGUCGUCAGACGUCCUUGAACCACUUGUGUCAAGCGGCCAGGACCGUUAUACACAGUGCAGAAAUCACGUCACAGAUGCUGGAUGAUUGGCUCAACGUUGAUCUUAACAGUAUCAUCAAACAGACAUUGUACACCAUGGAUAACUACAGUGAAAAGGAACACCAGAUUAUCGUUAAUUUAUGUACAGAGUACGAGAAGUUGAUGGAGGAACAGGCGCCUUUGGAGUCGUUUGUUGAAUGGUUGGAUAAUAUGGUUGAUCGUUGUGUAGUCAAGCCCAGCCGUAGGAAGCCGGGAUCCCUCAGACAGAUCGCCCGCCAGUUCCUGUUGAUGUGGUCCUGUUUCGGUACUAGAGUCAUACGUGAUAUGACUCUCCACAGUGCUCCUAGCUUUGGGUCAUUUCAUCUCAUGCAUCUUAUGUUCGACGAUUACGUCCUGUAUCUCGUGGAGAACCUACACAGCCAGGAAAGGGCUAACGACUAUCUGAAAAUUAUCAAAGGGGAGGCGUCACCAGAUUUCGUGGAUGAAAUCAUUUUGCCAGACUCCAGCAUCAUCAAGGACAGUAUCCUUCCCGGGGGUAGGUCUGCAUUCACGCCAACAUUUCCCGGGGGUCACGCGGAUGCCCGGGACUCUGUCAUCACAAACACGAGGGACAUCAUGAAUUGUCACAAUAGACCGAGCUUGGCGGAUUCACAUACAGCGGUAAGCUGUGAGACACCGUCUAAUGAUUUUGAUCGCCCGCCUGACUUAGGCCUACAGACGGGAUUCUCAUUACAGAAUAGCAGUGCUCAAUGUAACACAUACGUCCCACCGUUCAUACAUCAGUCCAUAACUAACACAGCCAUACACCCAGCUCAGGAGGACGUCACUAACUUUGGGUUCAACCCACGACACAUCCAAGUGUCCAUUCCCUCUCUGCAUGCAAGUCAAAGCCAGGGUCUGACCCCCGUGUCCACCUGUGAUGGUCAGCGGUUCACCAACACAAUGGACUGGAAUGCUCAGAUAACCCACAUCGCACAGAUCGACAUUCCGCGCAUAUCUGACCAGACAACCAUCCCUCAGCAGCCACAGACACGACCUCACACAGACCAUCAGUCAUACCUGUACUAUGACAACACACAGAACAGCACCAGGAGUUAUCCCCCUUUCUCAAAUGACAUUCAGUUCUCUGCUCCAGGGGGUUUGCAUGUUGAGAAUUCCGGAAUGAUGAAUUCUUCGGGGAAACGACCAAUCGAAGAUCAUGUUACAAAGUCAUAUAAAAGACAGACCAGAGAUCCCUUUUCCCUGCAACCUCAGCUGGAGGAAGGGUUCAUCUGAAGGAUAAAUAACGACCACAAGAACAUUUAUCUAAUUCAGAUCUAUUCAUAUUAAUAAAGAUAUUUUAAAUUUGUGAAUUCAAAAGAUUUGAGGCGCUUUUUCCUUUUGCAGUUGAGUCUGAGAAUAAUUUUUAUUGAGUUACAAUAAGUUAAUGACACAUUAGGUCAAGUGUUCAAUUUAUUUUUAUUUGAGUGCUUGAAGAUAGACAUGUGUGUGUAAUUUUACGUGGCAAACAUACAUGUCGAACCCAGAAACUGCACAUUGAAGUGGGAACUUCAACUGAGGAAUCAAUAAUCAAACACUUUACAGAAACUAUAUCCAACAAUUUUCAAAAUGCAAUGAGAAUGGAUUAAAUUCAGAAUUAUUAUAAUUUGCCAUAGUGCAAUGUAAUUAAAUCACUGGACUUGUCAACUUAUUGUAACUAAAUUGCCAAGGAGCAAUGCGAUUAAAUUAGUUAAUUUGUAUACUUAUUGUAACUUAAUUACCAAGCAGCAACCUAAUUAAAGCACUUGUUAUUGGUAACGUUCGGGCGGUCAACCAUCCAACUACUGACCACGCUUGAUGUUGCUGAACUAAUGAGCGGGUCCCUGGGUUAUACACAUCACUGGAAAAGCUAGCUUGCCAGUAAGGCAGUAUUUUCCCCUCGUGAACCUUAGCUGUUACACUAUUCCCCCCUCCGAGAAGUCUCGUUCUGAGACUUGGCCUGGGGAAUCCUGUAGGUCCUCUCUGUGUAUCAAUGCACCUUCCCUAACCACCAGGAACUGGCCUUACAUGAUCACAUAAUCCCACCGCUGCCACCAAAUGCAACGUGCGGGCAGUCACCCAUCCAACUACUGACCACUCUCUACGUUGCUGAACUAGUGAGUGAGUCCCAGGGUUAUACCGCAUCAUUGGAAAAGCUAGCUUGCCAGUAAGGCAGUAUUUUCCCCUCAUAUACCUUACCUGUUACAACUGUCACCACGGAGCAAUUUAAUUCAAGCUCUGGACUUAUAAACUUGUUGUAACUGAGUUGACGUGAAGCAAUGUAAUUUACGCACUUGACUUGUGGACCAAUUGUAACUAUAUUGCACUGGGCAUGUUAACUUAUUGAAACUUUGAAUAGUUAAAGAUUUAAUAAAACUAAGCACUGGAAAUGUAACUUUUAUGCAACUAACUUGCCAAAUAGCAAUGCAAAUAAAGCACCUGUCUCGUAAACUUAUUGUAACUUAUUUGAAAUAGUGUAAUGUAGUUAAAUGACUCGAUUAGGAGACUUAGUGUUACUAAAUUGUCGUGUAUUUAUCUGACUUGUACAUGCAAACAGUAAAACUUAUUGUAACCAAAUAACAAAAGGGCAAUGUAUCUAAAUCACUUAUAAACUUAAUGUAACUAAGCUUCCAAGGAGCAAUGAAAAUAAAGAGCUGUAUUUGUAAACUUAUUGUUACUGACAUGCCUAGGAUAAUUACUGACAUGCCUAGGAGAGUUACUGACACGCCUAGGAGAGUUACUGACAUGCCUAGGAGAGUUACUGACAUGCCUAGGAGAGAGUUACUGACAUGCCUUGGAGAGUUACUGACAUGCCUAGGAGAUAGUUACUGACAUGCCUAGGAGAGUUACUGACACGCCUAGGAGAGAUACUGACAUGCCUAGGAGAGUUACUGACAUGCCU